UCAUCUCCAUCACUCAUCUUUUCGAAAGUCCUCGCUUUUGGUAAACAUUGGUUAGUGUGUCGCCGCUCACUAUUAUUUUGUGUAAUAAUAUAUAUUUAGUUGUUUUGUUAUUGUUUUGACCUACUGACUAAGGUCAGCUACUUAACCGUCAUACAGACUUGACUAUGGGUGAAUAAACAGCUUCGACUCUUUGUUGUGGUGUCAAUUACUGACUCUACAAUACGUCAGUAUUAUCUCAAAAUGUUGUAAAAUCAGUGUCCAGUAGCUUUACAGUAGUAAUGUAUACUGACAACCACAUGCACGAGAUUGUGGUAAAGCGCAAUUCUUCCUCAAGAAAGAGAUCAAGGGAUGGCAUGAGAAGUCACAUCACUCCAGCCAAGAAGCGGUCCAGUUUCACAUCAGAAACAUGCUGUACUGUUGAAGGACACACUUAUACUCAAAACAUGAGUGAGAAUAAAGGCACAGAGCUGUGCUGCAGUGACAAUGAGGACUUAUUUGAGGGUUAUGACAGCAUUGUGGGUGACAGCUCCUUUCUAGCUAAGCUUGAAGAUGUGGAGCUCUAAAUGAGGCAGUGUCACGACCAGCAGACUCCAAAUGCCUGUGAGGAUGAUCUUUCAGACUCAAUCUUAGCAGAGGAUUUCAGAGAUUCACCACCCAGAGCUUUGCCAAGCUCUCAACUUGAAUUUCAAAAAGCUGUCACGACCUCACACAAAAGCCCUUCCAGGAGUGCACAUAACACCUCUACCCCUGAUUUGAUGAAUCCCAGGCCAGCUGUCAAUCAUGCAGAUCUCAAUGUCAACAAGCCACCCCCAAAGGCCAGAAGAAGCAUGAAAGAUCAUCUUAAGAAAGUACUGAUAGACAAUGCGGCAACAUCCAGUACUGUCUCCAAGACAGUACAACAAAAGGAAGCUGUGAUGACUGAAGAAAUGAGUUUUGCCAUGCAGGCCAUGGAGUCCAUAUCAGCUGAGCAGGACCUGGGCCCUUUUUUUGGUCUCCCAUCCAAAGUUAAAGACCUUAUUUUGAUAUUAAAGGGAAUCCAGGACUUGUAUGAAUGGCAGAAGACGUGUUUGAGCCUGGAUUCGGUGCAACAAAGGAGAAAUCUAAUUUAUUCUUUACCAACAAGUGGAGGAAAGACUCUAGUGGCAGAGAUUCUCAUAUUUAAAGAGCUCUUGUGUAGAAAGAAAGAUGCACUGCUUAUUUUGCCAUACAUAUCCUUGGUUCAGGAAAAGGUUCGAGGGUUGUCUAACUUUGGAAUUGAGUUGGACUUCAUGGUCGAGGAGUAUGCUGGCAGUAAAGGGAGGUUUCCUCCAGUCAAGAGAAGAAAUAAAAACUCUCUGUACAUUACAACUAUUGAGAAGGGACACAGUCUUGUCAAUUCACUGAUCGAGAAUGACCGUCUAGACAAUAUUGGCCUGCUUGUUGUGGAUGAGCUCCAUAUGCUUGGUGAUGGGAGCAGGGGGGCAAUUCUUGAAAUGACGUUGUCAAAGAUUCUGUACAUGAGCAAAUCCACCCAAAUUAUUGGUAUGAGUGCAACAUUAGGCAACGUGGGAGAUCUUCAGACCUUCCUGAAAGCUGAAAACUACACCAAUGACUUCAGACCUGUUGAGCUGAAAGAGUAUGUAAAGAUAAAGGACAGCAUAUAUGAAGUUGACCCAAGGGAAGAGACAUGCUUCAGUUUCUCACGACUCCUGGAUUUUAAGUACUCCAGUGGAAUGCAGAAAAUGGACCCUAACCGCAUCAUAGCUCUGGCUACUGAAGUCAUCCCUCAGCAGUCCUGCCUCAUUUUCUGUGCCACCAAGAAGAACUGUGAGAAUCUAGCUGAAAUGAUCUGCAAGUAUUUAAAUAAGGAGUUUCUGAAACACAAGGAGGCAGAGAAAGCCACUCUUCUGGGUGAACUGAAGAACAGUGGGAAUGGAUCCUUGUGUCCUGUGCUACAGAAGACUGUGCCCUUUGGCCUGGCCUACCACCACAGUGGCCUGACCACUGCAAUUGCAGAGAAAAGACUGACCAGGACAUUCAGGAAAUUCUUCGUUCCACGUCAGAAAAUGUUAAUAAAAGAGAAAGCAGAGGCCUUGCAGGAGGAGGUGGAUGACCUGUUUAUGCUGCCAUCUGAUCUCCCAUCUUUGUAA